AGCAGAGGCGGAAGUGGAGCCGCCUCCAGCCUCCAGCCUCUCCCCGUAGUCUCAGCCCAGCAGCGCGUCUGGGCCUAUGGCCGCCUACCCGUACCGUCCGGGCCCCGGGGCCGGCCCUGCUGGAGGCGCGGCGCUGCCGGACCAGAGCUUCCUGUGGAACGUUUUCCAGAGGGUCGACAAAGACAGGAGCGGGGUGAUCUCGGACAACGAGCUUCAGCAGGCACUCUCCAACGGCACAUGGACUCCAUUUAAUCCAGUGACUGUCAGGUCCAUCAUAUCCAUGUUUGACCGAGAGAACAAGGCUGGCGUGAACUUCAGCGAGUUCACCGGCGUCUGGAAGUACAUCACAGACUGGCAGAACGUCUUCCGCACCUAUGACAGGGACAACUCCGGGAUGAUUGACAAGAACGAGCUCAAGCAAGCCCUCUCAGGUUUUGGGUACCGGCUCUCUGACCAGUUUCACGACAUCCUCAUCCGCAAGUUUGACAGACAAGGACGGGGGCAGAUCGCGUUUGAUGACUUCAUCCAGGGCUGCAUCGUCUUGCAGAGGCUGACGGACAUAUUCCGGCGGUACGAUACGGACCAGGACGGCUGGAUCCAGGUGUCCUAUGAGCAGUACCUGUCCAUGGUCUUCAGCAUCGUGUAGCGCUGGGCUUGCGAAUCACAGCGUGACUUACCGAAGACUAAAAAUGCCAAAUCUCCCUUUAAAGAAACGGAACACAAAUGCAGCUCGAUACUGUUCUUCCUUUAGAUUUUAUAUAAAUAACAUUCGGGGACCUGACUGUACAUAUGUGGAUAAGCUGAUUAAGGUUUCUGCGAAUGUAACAAUAGUUACACUUCACAUACAAACAUUUGAUUUGAGACUGCCCAGUUGUGCCAUGAGGUAAGAUAUAAUAAUGUUCCAGGUAUCCUGCAUGCAACAAGUUCAUCAUGUGCAUUCUAGAUAGCUCCAUUUCUAUAGUGGAAGUACCUUUAUUAGCCAACAGGGAUUUAAAAAUAAUAGAGAACUUGCACAGAGGCUUUUAUGUGCCUUAUAUUUUUAAAACCGGGUUUAUUGUAUUUGUUUGAAUGUGCAACAUAAGCAAUAAAGCAAACGUGCGCCCCAUC